CACGACCUUCUUGUGUUGUGUGUAAUUUUGUUCCGGCACACGGCCUUUACUAACUGCUAUUCUAGGGCAGUCAGUCGAUCUAAUCUCUCCCUACUAGUAUCUUCUUCCACUUUUAAACCCAUGCGAUUAAUUUUCGCGGGAGAAAUCCUUACGCAAAUAUCUCUCGCGAAUAGAGACUAAAAUUUGGGGCACUAGUCUCAAUUAACAAACAGUGGAAACCCUAACAUAGAGUAAACUAUUAAACUCAGUAGCGAUAGAGAUAGACUAUGGCAGAUGAAAGAGGAAUUAAAGUUGAAAAUCAAAGUGGAUCUGAAACUAAGGAAAAAAAAGCCAGAGAUGUUUUAUUGGUUGAUAAGUACAAUGUAGAAGCCUCAGAAAUUCUAGCAAGCGAAGCUCUGGGCUUGCCCAUAACUGAAGCUGUGCAAUUAUAUGAACAACUUCUCUCAACAUUUCCUACAGCUGCUAAAUAUUGGAAGCAGUAUGUGGAGGCACACAUGAUUGUAAAUAAUGACGAUGCCAUAAAACAGAUAUUCAGUCGUUGUUUAUUUGACUGUCGACAAAUUGCUCUCUGGCGAUGCUAUAUUCGUUUUAUAAGGAAAGUCAAUGACAAGAAGGGAGCAGAGGGACAGGAAGAGACUAAGAAAGCUUUUGAGUUUAUGCUUAAUUACGUUGGGUCUGACAUUGCAUCUGGGCCCGUAUGGAUGGAAUACAUCACGUUUUUGAAGUCAUUGCCGGCUACAAAUCCACAGGAAGAGUCUCAUCGUAUGACUACAAUAAGGAAAGUGUACCAAAAGGCUAUCAUUACACCUACUCAUCAUGUGGAACAGCUGUGGAAGGAUUAUGAAAAUUUUGAGAAUACCGUUAGCCGUGCACUGGCAAAAGGGUUGGUGUCUGAAUACCAACCGAAGUACAACAGUGCCAGGGCCGUCUAUAGAGAACGAAAGAAAUAUGUUGAUGACAUUGAUUGGAAUAUGCUUGCUGUACCCCCCUCUGGAUCCUACAAGGAAGAGCAGCAAUGCAUGGCGUGGAAAAGGUUUUUGGCCUUCGAAAAAGGGAACCCACAAAGGAUAGAUAGUGUAUCCUCUAAUAGUCGAAUUACCCUCACCUAUGAGCAGUGUCUAAUGUAUCUAUAUCAUUAUCCGGACAUAUGGUUUGACUAUGCUACAUGGCAUGCAAAAAAUGGUUCUAUAGAUCUUGCUAUCAAAGUAUAUCAGAAGGCUUUGAAAGCUUUACCUGAUUCUGAAGUUCUGAGAUAUGCCUAUGCUGAACUGGAGGAAUCCCGCGGAGCAAUUCAGCCUGCUAAGAAAGUAUAUGAGAGCCUAUUAGGGGAUGGGGUCAAUGCAAGUGCAUUGGCACACAUACAAUUUAUCCGUUUUCUGAGAAGAACUGAAGGAGUUGAAGCAGCUCGCAAAUAUUUCUUAGAUGCUCGUAAAUCUCCAAACUGCACGUAUCAUGUCUUUGUUGCUUAUGCAAUGAUGGCGUUUUGUCUGGACAAGGAUCCAAAGGUGGCGCACAAUGUCUUUGAAGCUGGUUUGAAAAGAUUUAUGCAUGAGCCUGGAUACAUUCUUGAAUAUGCAGAUUUCUUGUGCCGUUUAAAUGAUGAUAGGAAUAUUCGUGCUUUAUUUGAGAGGGCGUUGAAUUCGCUCCCACCAGAGGAAUCUGUAGAGGUCUGGAAGCGGUUUACCCAGUUUGAGCAAACAUACGGCGAUCUGGCUAGUAUGUUGAAGGUAGAGCAAAGGAGGAAAGAAGCUCUUUCUAGAACAGGUGAAGACGGAUCCUCGGCAUUCGAGAGUUCUUUGCAUGAUGUUGUGUCAAGGUACAGUUUUAUGGAUCUUUGGCCGUGCUCAUCUAAAGACCUGGAUUAUUUGGCACGUCAAGAGUGGCUUGUGAAAAACAUUAAUAAGAAGGCCGAAAAGUCAAUUCUAUUAAAUGGAGUUGGCUCUCUAGGUGCAGAAAAGGGUUCAGCUGGACACCCAAAUAAUGCAAAAACAUCUACCACAUCUGCUAAAGUUAUUUAUCCAGAUACUUCUCGGAUGAUUAUUUAUGACCCCAGGCAAAAACAAGGUGCUGCAUUGCUUCCUAACACUACGGUACCUGGACUGCCAGCUGCUUCGAACUCGGUAAUACCUGCUCCUGCCGCCCCUUUAGCUGGUGGGACUGGAACAACAAAAGCACUUAAUGACAUUUUGAAAGUGCUGCCUCCGGCUUUGGUAGCAUUUGUAACACACUUGCCCUCUGUUGAUGGGCCUUCGCCAGAUGUGGACAUAGUUUUAUCGAUAUUAUUGCAGAGUAAUGUUGCUCCUGUACAGACAGCGAAAUUAGGAAAUCCCCAUCAGCAAAUGUCAUCAGCUCCUGCUCCUAACACGAGUGAUCUUUCUGGUGCGAAUAAGUCACGCCCCAACCCAGGUGGUGCGCCUUUCAAAUCAACUAGAGAAGGUCAUUCAGGAGGAAAGAGAAAAGACAUGGAUAGGCAACAAGAAGAUGAAACCUUAACCCAAAGUCGACCACUUCCAAGGGAUCUUUUCAAGAUUAGACAAAUGCAGAAAGCUCGAGGAGUAACCAGUUCACAAACUGGAUCGGCAUCCGGCGGUGGAAGUGCAUUCUCAGGAGAGUUGUCGGGCAGUACUGAGUGAUCGAUGCAACUUAAAGUGCACAUUUUUGACAUUCUUAAUGUAAUCUUCUUUUGUAUGCUCUGUAAAUGUAACAUAAUGAUGUAUUCUAUUCAAGCAAUUUAAUGUGAGGCGGCAAGCCCACCAGAGUUAUGCAAA